CCCACUUUCCCUCUUGAAAAAGCUAGCCACUUUCAACACGCACACACAUUCUCUCUUUCUCUGAACCCCGCAUUAAAGCCACUCACCAACUCUACCAAGUACCAUCCUGUUAUCCCAGAGAGAGAUAUAGGAGCAAACGUUUCUUACUGGCCAGAAAAACACCAAAAGAACUUACUUCAAACAUGCCAGGGGAUGAUAUUGAAAGAGGAGGAGGAGGAGGAGUGAAGAGCAGAACAAAUAACAGCUACCCAUCAUCGUCUUCCUCUUAUUUGAUAGAAGAAAAUGAAACCCAAUGGACCUCGUGGCUCGUGCCUAUGUUUGUGGUGGCAAAUGUUGCUGUCUUUAUUGUUGUCAUGUACAUCAAUGAUUGUCCUAAUCAUUUUCAUUCUCGGUUCCAAGGGAAGUGUGUUGCGAGGUUUCUUGGGAGAUUCUCUUUCGAGCCCUUAAGAGACAAUCCUCUCUUUGGUCCCUCUUCUGCUACAUUGAAGAAGUUGGGAGCUCUUGAGUGGGAAAGAGUUGUACAUAAGCACCAGGGAUGGAGGCUUGUUACGUGUGUUUGGUUGCAUGCGGGUAUUAUUCAUCUUCUCGCAAACAUGCUGUGCUUGGUCUUCAUUGGUAUUCGCCUCGAGCAGCAAUUUGGGUUUGUCCGCAUUGGUAUUAUUUAUCUGCUUUCUGGAUUUGCUGGGAGCAUUCUUUCCUCUCUAUUUAUUAGAAACAGCAUCUCUGUUGGUGCCUCUGGUGCACUUUUUGGCCUUCUAGGAGCAAUGCUUUCUGAACUAAUUACAAACUGGACUAUUUACACUAACAAGGCUGCAGCACUCUUUACACUUCUGGUCAUCAUAGCCAUCAACCUUGCUAUUGGAAUUCUGCCACAUGUUGAUAAUUUUGCUCAUAUCGGUGGAUUUCUUGCUGGGUUCCUCCUCGGCUUUGUUUUGCUACCUCGUCCUCGAUAUGGGUGGUUAGAGCGUCAAAAUCUUCCUGCCAAUGUUAGUGUCAAAUCAAAGUACAAGUCCUACCAAUACGUUUUAUGGCUGGUUUCUCUGGUUCUCCUAAUUGCAGGAUUCGUAGUUGCAUUAGUGAUGCUGUUCCGGGGGGAGAAUGGGAAUGAUCGCUGCCAUUGGUGUCACUACUUGAGCUGUGUACCCACCUCCAGUUGGAACUGUGAUGAAAACCAGCUCUAGGGGAGGGGGAACUUCAUGAUCGCUGUGCUAUCAGUUCCCUUAUGUAAAUGCUUAGCAGUAGCUUAGGAACCCCUACUGGGUUUGUUUAUUUGCUUUCUUUUAAUAUCUGAUUCUUGGCCAUUCAAUAAAUAAUAGAAUUCUUAUCUGUAAA